AUGGCUCCCAAAAUACACAGGCACGAACUCAAGCUGUCGCAUGGCCCAGCAUGGGGUGGACAGCGCAAAACCUUCCUUACAUCCGUCGCUUUCAGCUUCGUGCUGCUGCAAUUGCUCUUCCUCGCGAACAUGUCGCUCCUAUACGGUUCUCAGUACAGGGACGCUUACAGGACUCACCACAUGAAAGUUUUGGCUGUUGAUUAUGAUGGCGGCGUGGUUGGUGAGUCCCUGCUCGGGGCAUACCGCCAGCUCAAAGGGGAUACAUUCCCAACCUUGGACAUUCGCCCCGCCUCCGAGUAUCCCGACUAUGGAACGAUCAAGGAAGCCGUGUGCCAGGGUCAUUUCUGGGCCGCGGUGUACAGUUUGUCGGGUGCCUCUGAACGCCUCUCCGCUGCAUUACAAGGCGGAACAGCCGCGACAUCGUACAACUCGUCAAACGCCAUCCGAUACGUCUACAACGAAGCAAGAUACCCCACGACAGAAGCAGGAUACGUGACAGCGGAUCUCCAGCAACUGAUAGCAGCGAGUCGGACGGUGUACAAUCAGUUGAACGGAACGAGCGCAUACGGUCUGGUCAAUCAAUCCGAUUCCGCGGCCAUCGAAGCUUUUUUGGACCCCUUCACGGCCUCGUCGAUCGACCUCAAACCCACCGAGCAAGGAACACGGGUGCUCUACAACACCGCGUCCGUCGCGCUGUCCAUCGUCCAACAGUUCUUCUUCAUCAUGGCCAUUAACGGCAUCAGCAACGGCCUGAGCCUGUUCAGUCGACUGACCGUCCAAACAAACGGCCUCAUCCGGCUCGGUUUCGCAGCCACAUACACGUUCAUCGGGUCGUUGUGCUGGACCGGCUACAUCUGGGCCUACAAGGAAGACUGGGCACUGACCGGCGGCCAGUUCAUGUUGAUCUGGAUGCUCGGCUGGCUGUUCAUGCACAUCAACUUCCUGAUCCUCGACACCGCCUCCGUCCUGAUCCCCAUGCAGUUCAUGCCUUUCUUCGUUCUGACCUGGGUCAUCCUCAACAUCACCAUUUCCCUGGCCAAUUUCGAUCAGUCGCCGUCCUUCUACAAAUACGGCUACGCCCUGCCGGCGCACAACUGGUACGAGACCUUCGUCACCAUCACCUCCGACGGCUGUUACAACCGCCUCUACCGAAACCUGCCGGUUCUAUUUGCCUGGUUCAUCCUCGGACAUCUUCUUGUUGUCCCUGCCACGGUCCAUCGAUGCCGCGCGGCCAACAAACAGGUGGAGGAGGAAGAGAAAAACAAGCUGGAACGACAGCGGACACACAACAGCCACCGAGAAGAGAAAGGCGCCGACGCCGACGGCGAAGGCAGCAAUCGUCAUUCAGCGGACGCCGAGUCUGCCGAGACGGCUUCGACCUCGGAUUCCGACACUCUCAGCGCCAGAAGAACACGGUCAAACAGCGUCGCAUACGGGCCCAGCAUGCCACUUGCCUUUGCGGCUUUGUCCCGAAGGCUGACUCAAAAUGAAUAA